AGAGUCGAGCUGCUGUCACCAUGGCUACAGAAGAUACAAAUUCUCCCUCAAAAUCAGCUUGCAAAAUUAUGACCUUUCAACCUACACUGGAAGAAUUCAAGCAUUUCUCUAAAUAUAUAGCACGCAUGGAGUGUCAAGGUGCACACAGAGCUGGCCUUGCCAAGGUGAUUCCACCAAAAGGUUGGAAACCCAGAAGAAAUUACGAUAACAUCGACAAUCUGAUUAUCCCUGCUCCAAUUCAACAGAUGGUAACUGGUCAGUCAGGCCUUUUUACCCAGUAUAACAUACAGAAAAAGCCAAUGACUGUAUUGGAAUUCAGGAGGCUGGCGAAUAGUGAUAACAGAUACUGCACUCCUCGCUACCAGGAUUAUGAAGAUCUUGAGCGUAAAUAUUGGAAGAAUCUGACCUUUGUAGCACCAAUCUAUGGAGCAGAUGUCAGUGGCAGUCUCUAUGAUGAAGAUAUCGAUGAAUGGAAUAUCACUCGACUGAACACAAUUCUUGAUGUCGUAGCAGAAGAAAGUGGCAUUGCCAUUGAAGGAGUGAACACACCAUAUCUGUAUUUUGGCAUGUGGAAAACCACUUUUGCUUGGCAUACUGAGGACAUGGAUCUUUACAGCAUCAACUACCUACAUUUUGGAGAGCCCAAAUCUUGGUAUGCCAUUCCUCCGGAGCAUGGGAAGAGGCUGGAGCGUCUUGCACAAGGUUUCUUCCCAAGUAGUUCCCAAGGAUGUGAUGCCUUUCUUCGUCACAAGAUGACCCUCAUAUCUCCUUCAAUAUUAAAGAAAUAUGGAAUUCCUUUUGACAAGAUUACUCAAGAAGCAGGAGAGUUCAUGGUCACUUUUCCAUAUGGGUAUCACGCUGGCUUCAAUCACGGAUUCAACUGUGCCGAGUCAACAAACUUUGCGACCAUCCGCUGGGUUGAUUAUGGAAAAAUUGCUAAACAGUGCACCUGUAGGAAAGACAUGGUCAAGAUAUCUAUGGAUGUAUUCGUGCAAAAAUUUCAACCAAGCAGAUAUGAACUUUGGAAACGAGGAAAGGAUGUUCAAACUAUCGAUCAUACAAAACCAACUCCUGAAUCAACUCCCGAGUUUGAAGCUUGGCAGAAAAAAAGAAAAGUGAUACAGAAGAAGUCAGGAAUGGCUUUAAGAAGUCGUACUUUCUGCAGCCUCCAUCAGUUCAAAUCUCGUUCAAAGAAACUGAAAACUCUGGAGGAUGAAAGGUCAUACAGUGAACCCGUUGCUACAGAAACAACAGCAGCCAAAAUAUUUACAGAUGGUAUCAAUGUCAAAGAAGAGCCCAGCAGGGAAGGACUGGAAGAAGAGUUUAGCAACACAGAAGUCAUGACCACUGGAGAAGAAAGUAUUAAAAACAUUCAGGUGGAUAAAGUACAGUCACCAGAAUAUAAUAGUACAGAAACGUUUUCCCAUCUUGCCAAUGCAAAAUGCAAAAGUAAAGCUGAUGAAAAGAGGAAAGAAGAUGCCUGUUUUACGUCAUCACCUGUGGACAAGGUUAAUGCAGGCACCAACUCUUCAGAAUGUACAAAGGCCAACAUUACAAUCGGAGUGGAGAGUAACACAGCUAGUGAUCUAGAGAAAUGCAAAGAAGAGGACUUGGAUCACGAGGGCAAAUUGUAUCAGAGCAUUGCUACAGAAACUCAACAGACCUGCUGGAAACAGUGUGAAAUUGGUGGUGUCUCGACGGAGGAGGAAACCAGUGAAGCUGAGAGUGGAGAAAAUGGCUUGGAGCCUGGAGAAAUACCAAGUUUUCCAGAACAGUUCAUCAGAAGUGUAGGAAAAAAGAAGGCAGCGAAGAGUCGACGACAUCCUUUGUGCAAACCACCAGCUAGAUCACCAUCAACGUUCGUCAAACAGGAGUCAAACAGUGAUGAAGAAAUGCCUGAUUCCAAUUCCAAUGAAGAGGAAGUAAAUGAAACUCAGCCUUGGGCCAAGCCGCUUGUCCAACUAUGGCAGAACAAGUCCCUAAACAUCCAAGCUGAGAAAGAGUACAAUGGAGAAGCCUCCAAAAUGGAACCAUAUUGUGCCAUUUGCUCACUUUUCUUUCCUUACUAUCAGCCUGAUAACCCGACAGAAAGAAAGUCCGAAAUCAAAACUGAUACUUCUGAGUUGCCAGGAAUGACGAAGCAUAAGACUAAACCGCUCAUUCCAGAAAUGUGCUUUACAUACAGUGAAGAAAAUAAUGAGCCUUCUCCUGGUAAUUCAUUUAUUGAAGAGGAUGGAACUAGUGCACUGAUUUCCUGUGCAAAAUGCUGUAUGCAGGUUCAUGCAAGUUGUUAUGGUGUUCCACUGCAUGAAAUUCAUGAUGGUUGGACCUGCUCGCGAUGUAUAAUUGGAGCAUGGACUGCAGAUUGUUGCCUGUGCAAUUUGAGGGGUGGUGCACUUAAGCAGACAACUGAUAAUAGGUGGGCUCACGUGAUGUGCGCUGUGGCAAUUCCCGAAGCAAGGUUUGUGAAUGUAGCAGACCGUGGCCCCGUGGAUGUCACCAGGAUACCUUUGCAAAGAUUAAAGCUUAAAUGUGUCUUCUGCAGAAAGAGAGCCAAGAAGACUUCAGGUGCUUGUAUUCAGUGUUCAUACGGCCGCUGUCCAACAUCCUUCCACGUAACCUGUGCCCAUGCAGCAGGUGUUGUAAUGGAACCAGACGACUGGCCAUAUGUAGUCCUUAUCACAUGUUUCAGACACAAGACAAAUCCCAGUGUAAAAAACAAAACUCUUUUCCAAGACUUAUCGAUUGGUCAGACGGUCAUCUCCAAGCACAAGAAUGGAAGAUACUAUAGCUGCAGAGUCACGGGAGUUUCGUCACAAACCUUCUAUCAAGUCAUAUUUGACGAUGGUUCAUUCAGUGAUGAUCUGUACCCAGAAGACAUCGCUAGCAAGAAUUGCUUAGAGCUGGGUCCCCCAGCAGAGGGAGAGGUUGUCCAGGUGAGGUGGACUGAUGGACUGCUGUAUGGUGCAAAAUAUGUGGCAUCAAACAUUAUUUACAUGUACCAGGUGGAGUUUGAAGAUGGCUCCCAGUUUGUCGUCAAACGCGAUGAUGUUUACACUUUAAAUGAAGAGCUGCCAAAAAGGGUUAAAUCACGACUUUCUUCAGCUUCAAACAUGCGCUAUGAGGCUACGUUUUCCAAUGAAAGCAUUCAGGCAAAAAAGCGACCGAGAGUCCUGAAUUCCAAAUUCAUGAACGAGUACGUGAACGAUCCAGGUUAUCGCACGUUCUUGGGAAACUUCUUUCAAACUCAUUGUCGUCAAGGACAAUAAAAUCAUGCUGACACCCAAAAAGAGAACAGUUGUGUUUUUUGAACAGCAUCUUCAAUACAAAGCCUGUGCACUGCUUUGCAUGCAAUAAAGGCAACUCUACCAGUUAAAAAAAACAGUGAAAUAAAUACUUGCUGGAAAAGUGAAGGAAGAUUCCUCUGCCUCCAUUCAAGAAUUUAAUCCAGAUAGCCAUUUGCAUCAUAUAACAGAAGUAUGCCUUCUCUUCCUCUUUGAAGAAUGGAAAGGGACGCUGAAACAUCUGCAUCUUCUUCCUGAGAAAAAGAACACAAGAACUUUUGCGGAUAUGAAUGAAUAACUUUUCAAGUCUCUCUCAAAAAUAAGAGUUCUUGUUCCGGGAGCGACUUUAAAAAUAUUAACAAGCUUAUCUGUACUAAAAUAUUUUUGUACUCUUGCUGUCAUUUCCAGUAACGUUUGUUGCACUUGUUUUUGCCUUUUAGUUUUAUUUGACACCAUUACCGAAUCACUCUUGUUUGGCUCUUUAGCUUUCAUUAAACCAUACUUGCAAAUGAAAGUAAGUAUCCCGACAGCAGGUUUUUAUAUUGAACAGAAGAAAGAUGAAUGGCAGGUAGCUUGCUAGCAAGUUCAUUUGCUGUUAUUCAGUGCUCCAGCUGUUUAAAAGAACUCUUGGAGGAUUUCUGCAUUGUCAUUCUAUGCUGUAAAACCUAGAUAACAAAUGUAUAGGAUUUCCUUGUUGGGUCAGAUGAGAUUUGUUACAAAAACCUGUAAAUGCUUUAGAAUCCAAUAGCAUUUCCAAAUUAGUUAUUGAGGAUGUGGUGGUAAGCAAACAUUGCUUCUUUUAAUCCUGCCUUUAGCAGGAUUAAACAAGAUAUAUAUAACCUGCAUUUACAUGACUGACUUUAUGGUGUGAGAGGUUUCUACUGAUGUUUUACUGAUGGUAAAAAGGGGCUUAGAUGUAGCAAAGGUGUGUGAAGUUUGAAUUAUUUGAUGUACUCAACCAUGAACACGAUGUUACUGCAAUAUAACUGUUUUCUGUCAUUGUUAUUUUGAUUAUUUAAUGUCAUUUCCUUCUUUAAUCAUCUGCAGUUUGUUAUAAAUGGGCAGAGUAGAAUAAACUGCCAACACUGAA